AAAAAAGUAUUGAGGGGGGAAGCCUCCCUUGCCGCCAUCUUGUUUUCCGUUAGUUAGCGGAAAGGUGGCUGAACAUGUUUUCGCGUCAUGUUUCUCUCCGCAUUUUUUUUAAAAAAGAGGAUAAAUACGGGAAAAAAGGAAAACUGAGGGCGGACGUGAAUGCUUGUGAUUAUUUAAGGGAAUAAAAUGAAAACGACCCCAAAGUAGCGCCGCGGGGUCGCGAGCGGGUGGGGGAGUCACUCAGCGGGCGGGCUGAGUGUCUCAGCAACAAAGUUAAUAGAAUAGCGGAGGACCCAAAGAACUUACUUUUUUAAAAAAAAUCUAUAUUGAAAUAUUCAUAUACACAAAUUUAUAUAUGUCACGACAACAAAUUUGACAGGCCGGGUCCCUGACGUCAGAGCCCGCGUCACGUGUACUGGGAGGGCCCGCAAGGUGGUGGAAAGAAAACCUCGCGGGCGGGGGAGAGAAGAAGGUUGCUUGGCGUUCGGGCUCGGAAAUCUCGCGGGAAGUAGCUAUAGAGACCGAACGGCUUCCCCUCGCAAUUGAUAACACACAGCGGAGGAGUCAAGCUUCGUUAGGGGUGGAGGCUCUUGGAAUCUUUGACCUGCAGAAUUUAAGAUCCCUGUAUCGAGGGACGCCUGCUUGCUCCUCAUUGCCCCGAACUCCACAAGGAGUCGGCACACAAGAAGACAUCCUGUUUUUUAUCCAUGUUUCAGCAGCAGACAAUCGAAUCAAAAUGAGAUUAAAGACAUCUCUCUUAAAGGAACCAAAACAUAAGGAAUUGGUUAGUUGUGUAGGCUGGACAACAGCUGAUGAGCUCUAUUCAUGCAGUGAUGAUCAUCAGAUUAUGAAAUGGAAUUUAUUAACUGGUGAGACAACCCAAGUAGUGAAGCUUCCUGAUGAUAUCUACCCUAUAGAUCUUCACUGGUUUCCCAAAAGUGUAAGUGGAAAGAGGCAAAUCCAAGCUGAAAGCUUUGUACUCACAAGUUCUGAUGGAAAGUUCCAUUUGAUUUCCAAGACAGGAAGAGUGGAAAAAAGCGUAGAAGCCCACUGUGGAGCUGUACUAGCAGGAAGAUGGAAUUAUGAAGGAACAGCACUUGUUACAGUUGGUGAAGAUGGACAAAUAAAAAUAUGGUCUAAGAGUGGAAUGCUGAGAUCCACUUUAGCACAACAAGGAAUGCCAAUUUAUUCAGUAGCAUGGGGCCCAGAUUCAGAAAAGAUUCUUUACACAUCAGGAAAGCAGCUGAUUAUCAAACCUCUUCAGCCAAAUGCUAAAAUUCUGCAGUGGAAAGCACAUGAUGGAAUUAUACUAAAAGUUGAUUGGAAUUCUGUCAAUGAUCUUAUCCUAUCAGCUGGUGAAGACUGUAAAUAUAAGGUAUGGGAUAGUUAUGGUCGUCUGUUGUAUAGCUCACAAUCACAUGAAUACCCUAUCACUUCUGUCGCUUGGGCUCUAGACGGGGAGUUAUUUGCUGUAGGAUCUUUUCAUACCUUACGACUUUGUGAUAAAACAGGGUGGUCCUAUGCUUUAGAGAAACCAAACACUGGCAGUAUAUUUAAUAUUGCUUGGUCUAUUGAUGGCACACAAAUAGCUGGGGCUUGUGGAAAUGGACAUGUGAUUUUUGCCCAUGUUGUGGAACAGCGCUGGGUGUGGAAAAACUUUGGAAUAACGUUAACUAAAAGAAGAACCAUGGAGGUUCGUAAUGUACUUAAUGAUGCAGUGGAUUUACUGGAAUUCCGUGACAGAGUCAUUAAGGCCUCUUUGAACUAUGGGCAUUUAGUAGUUUCAACAUCUCUUCAGUGUUAUAUAUUCUCAAUUAAAAACUGGAAUACACCAUUGAUUUUUGACCUCAAAGAAGGAACUGCUAGUUUAAUUUUACAAGCAGAAAGGCAUUUUCUUCUUGUAGACGGUGGUGGAAUCUAUUUAUAUUCUUAUGAAGGACGUUUAAUAUCCUCUCCAAAAUUUCCGGGAAUGAGAACAGAUACACUAAAUGCUCAGACCGUAUCUUUGAGUAAUGAUACUGUAGCUAUAAGAGACAAAUCUGAUGAAAAAGUUAUUUACUUGUUUGAACCUUUAUCUGGCAAGCCACUGGGAGAUGGAAAGCCUCUUAGUCAUAAGACAGAAAUCCUGGAAAUUGCCUUAGAUCAGAAGGGACUAACAAAUGAACGAAAAAUUGCUUUUAUUGACAAAAACAGAGACCUUUAUAUUACUUCAGUGAAGAGAUUUGGUAAAGAACAGAAAGUCAUCAAAAUAGGAACAAUGGUGCAUACUUUGGCAUGGAAUGACACAUGCAACAUACUUUGUGGACUUCAAGAUACUCGUUUUACAGUUUGGUACUACCCCAAUGCAGUAUAUGUAGACAAAGAUCUCUUACCAAAAACCCUGUAUGAAAAAGAUGCAAGUGAAUUCAGUAAAAACCCUCAAAUUUUGAGUUUUGUUGGAUGUCAAGUAACUAUCAGGAGAGCUGAUGGCUCACUUAUUCAUGUCAGUGUUUCACCUUAUCCUGCCAUACUUCAUGAAUAUGUGAGCAGUUCAAAGUGGGAAGAUGCCAUCAGACUGUGUCGCUUUGUUAAGGCAACCACAACAGAUGAGGACGAAACACUGUGGGCAUGUUUAGCGGUUAUGGCAGUUGCCAGUAAGGAUAUGAACACAGCAGAAAUAGCCUAUGCAUCAAUUGGUGAAAUCGACAAAGUUCAGUAUAUCAGCUCCAUCAAAGAUCUUCCAUCAAAAGAGUCAAGACUGGCUCAUAUCCUGCUUUUCAGUGGAAAUGUACAGGAUGCUGAAACACUGCUUCUUCAAGCUGGUCUUAUUUACCAAGCUAUUCAAGUCAAUAUUAACCUUUACAAUUGGGAAAGGGCACUAGAACUUGCUGUGAAACACAAGACACACGUUGACACGGUUCUGGCUUACCGACAAAAGUUCUUGGAUGACUUCGGUAAAAAAGAAACGAAUCAGCGAUUUUUGCAGUAUGCAGAAGGGCUUGAAGUUAACUGGGAUAAAAUCAAAGCCAAAAUAGAAUUAGAAAUCGCGAAAGAGAAAGAACGAGCUGCAGCUACUCCAGCAGUCAGGGCAAGUGUAACCAUACAGCGCUGAUUAUAUUAGGUAGUGGUUUUAUCACUCUUUCUUCCUUCAGCAUAUCGGUAAGCUUUAGUAUGAGUGUCUGUGUAUUGUGAGGGAGAAGAGCAAUGUCUGACUCCAAAUGCAGAACCUCCAGGUGCUGAAUAUAGUUCUUGUUUGUGGUUGACAGAAAUGAAUUAAUAUGUAAUGUUAUUAUUAACUGAAAACCUGUUCUUAUCACAGUGUUAAUAUAAGACAUUUGAGGAACAUGAGUGUAGCCGAUAAUACAGAAUCCACUUCUCUGUUACCUUAGGACUUUGACUUUUGGUUUCCCAAGGGAAAAUUGUCUAUGAGGUGCAUGAAAUCUGUCACAUAAGUAAAUGAUCAGCUGUACAGAUUGUCAACAGUAAAAAAUGCCAUUACUUUUCCACGCAAAUAACUAAUUACCUUAAAACACAUAUAACCAAAAUAAAGAAAACUUUUUUACUAUAUGGGCCUGAAGCGUAAUCACAGGCUCAGAACUGAGGAAGAAUUAUACCAUAAGUACAGACUGUAGUCCUGGAACUGCUAGCUCAUGAAUAUUGUUAGGGAAUUCAAUAGGACAUUAUUUCUUGUGUAAGUGAUUUUCAUAUCACAGCAUCAGUUUUAGCAUAGGAAAUCUAAUGAACUCUUCCUGUUUUUCAUCUGGUAUGACACAAAAGUUGUAUAAACAGACCAAAAAAUACAAAAUAGGUGAGGUAAUUAAUUAUCCUAGAUUAGACUAACUUCUCUUGACACAGAAGUAUGCAAGCUUAAAAUCUGUACCUCAUACAUUUACAUACUCAUACACUAACAGAAGCUGAUUGAAUCAGAGAUACUGAUUUUUUCAACCUACUUUUCUCCAAGUUUAGCAUAGCAGUGAAAUCCAUCCAACACUCAGAAUCUGUUGUGUAGUAUGUAGUUUUAAAUAACAGUUGGAUUUCUUGAAAAUAUUUAUGUAUUCCAGCUACUCAAAAGAAUUAUGUGAUUGCAGGUGGUCCCAUUUACGUUGAACAUGUGUUGUUUCACCAAUGUGCCAUAGCUUUAGAAUGACCCUCAAGCCACUUUCUAUGGGGAAAAUUAUUACUUGACCAAAGUUACCUCCAUUGUAAAAGAUAUCAGGAAUACAGCAUUAAUAUCCUGUUUGUUCAGUAGUAAUAUAAAUGUUUUAUGCUGUAGGAGAAUAGUAGUAAUAAAAAAAUCUAUAAUCUGUAUAUUUUAAUAUAAAUUAUUAUUUUGUAUCAAAUGAUUUUGUGAGUGGUAUAAUGUAAAUAUUAUGCCUUUGUUAAUAAAUAUUUCAAACACUGUA